UUUGGGUGAGCCGCCCGAAUUCUUCACAGAGGACAGCAUGGGAUAGCCAGUAACCUAAUCCGUAAGCGAUUUUCUAACUCACUUUCGGAUACAACCGUUGUGAUUUUUAAGAUUAAAAAAUAAACCCGUCAAAAGGGUUGCUGAGUAUAAAAAUGAGCUUGGUAGCGUAUGAUAGCAGCGACGACAGUACGGAUGAAAUUGAGAACGUAACGGAAGUUAAAGAUUUAAAAGCCUCAGAACUAUGUUUACCUGCCACUUCGAAACAAAAUUCUGAAAAUUCCGCUGCAAUUGUCAGCAGUUCUGUAGAAAAAUAUGUAUCGAGUAAGUCAGAGAACCCGACCGAAUCACUGUUUGGUAAUUUGCCACAACCAAAGACAAUUCGGUCAGAUAUUUUGAACGAAGCUGAAGUUGAUAUCUUGUCAAACAAGGUUAAAAGGAAAGGCUGGGAGAAACCGGGAAAGAAAGACCAUGUUCCCGUUAAAAUAACUCUUCCUUCGUUAUUGCAGUUUAAGGAUUUAGAAGAAGAUAAUGAAAAGAAACGUAAAAAGGUGGAGCCGUCAAAGAAAGGAACAGGUCUUUUUGCUAUUCUGCCACCACCUAAAGGAUCGAUAACAAUGACGUCAAAAUCUUUAAUUCCAAAUGUUCUCAAUAAGAAAAUUUUAAAUGAACAACAGCCUAAAAUUAUGCAUUCAGAGAACAGAAAUUCUGGUUUGCUUCCAAAAUUAAAUACUAGAGUAUCAGUAGAUGUAGAUUCAUAUUUGGAGGAAGAGGAAGUUAACGGUGAACUAUGUGAAUCUGGUAAAAUUGACUUUUUUUCCUUGUCCGAGGAAAAAAUCUUACCAAAUUCCAAGCCUUUAUUAGAUGAUGCAACUUCCAUACUUGAAUCUACCAGUAUUAAUAAAUUUCAGUCAGUGAUUAACGUAUCACAUAAUGAUGUUAAAAAUGAAAUUUUGACAGUCGAAAAUAGUAAUUACAUGCAAACCGAAUGCAAUACAAAUUCUACAGUUAAUGUCCCAAUUCAAGGAAAUACAGCAGAAACGUUAACUACUAGUGUUUAUGAUUUACCAAGAGAAGAAAUUUUACUAAAAAAUAAAGCAGAGAUUGGUCCAAAAUUACCAGUGCCAGAGCAGGAAUAUAAUUUAGAUUCUGAAGGAAAUUUAGCUUUUGAUGAAAAAGCUAUAGAAUAUUUAUGUGGUAGACGCGGUGUGAAAAGGAAAGAGAAAGUAAUGGAUGAAGCAAAUAUUAUUGAAAUAAAUGGAGAAGACAUCAAGCCAGAUGAAAGGGAAUGGUUAGUUAAGGCACUUACAGAGGAACCUGCAGAAAGACCUAUAUCUAUGCAGUCUGCGGGACCAAGUUCUCAGGCAAAAAAGAAACAUCAGAUAACAUAUUUAGCACAUCAAGCUAAAGUUAUGGAAGUUGAAUUAAAGAAUCAAUGGGCACAAAACCGACUAACAAGGAAACAAACACAAUCGAAAUAUGGAUUCUGAACAUGUAUAUUAUAAGAAAUUGUACAAAUAAAAUUUCAUUUAUUCUAAAAA